AAUAUCAGUUUUCUCUGCUUCUUUGUCAGUACCGUUUUGUAUUCCCAUCUCCCUCUCUGUACUCCUACUCUCUCUCUCUGCAAUCUUUUGUAUUUAUAAACCCUAAAUUCGAUCUUCAUGGGAGAAUCCAUUCCUCCUCGUCGCAUAUCCGUUCAUCAAGCUCUUGGUGGCGGUGCAGCGGCUGAUGUGCUGUUAUGGAAGAAAUGGUGUGGGAGUGUUACGAUUCUAUUGACAGCGACUACCAUGUGGAUGCUGUUUGAGCGAGCCGGUUAUAAUAUCUUGUCAUUUGUAGCCAAUGUGUUGUUCCUUCUUGUUGCCAUUCUAUUCUUCUGGGCCAAAUCUGCUUCCCUUCUCAACAGGCCUCUGCCUCCCCUGCCUGACCUGGAAAUUUCUGAGGAGACUAUUGUCAAGGCUGCUGAUGUGCUUCAAUUGUAUGCCAAUCAUGCACUGUCAAUUGCACGUGAGAUUGCAAUUGGCAGAAAUUUGAAAAUGUUCCUUCAGGUCGCUUUUGGUUUGUGGGUAGCAUCCUAUAUUGGUAGUCUCUGCAAUUUUCUCACUUUUGUCUAUAUUGGGGUUCUCCUUAGCCUUUCAGUUCCUGUACUUUAUGACAAAUACCAGCACCGCAUUGAUGAAAAGUUGUCUGUAACACACAGAAUCAUUCAAACACAGUAUAGGAAAAUCGAUGAAAGCCUCCUGAAGAAGAUUCCACUGCCAUCAAGCAAGGAAAAGAAGAUUCAGUAGGGUUCCAAGUAGCUCAGCAAAGUGUGACUAGGGGUGUGCAGAUUGGUUGUCAACAUAGGAUGUCGAUCCGUUUCUGUUUUAUUCAGAUUCACAUUAGUAUCAGAUGUCAGUCAGAGUAAUAUUUGGGUGCAGGAACUGACCUAACUAGCUACUAGAAGUGGGAGAAUAUUCAAUUUUCAUUGUUUUUUCUGGGUUGGUUUUGUUGUGAUUAGUCUUCUGUCAAGGAGUAUUUUUGUUCCCUUGUAGCCAAAAGACUGUCGAAGAAAAUAUGAUAUUGGUGCCUCAAGUUCCUGUUGCUUA